GGUCUACUUGCCCAUCUCGUACCUGUAUGGCCGCCGGUACCAAGCGCCGCUCACGCCGCUGCUCAAGGAACUCCGCGAAGAGCUCUACAUGACGCCGUACAGUCAAGUGUCGUGGUCGGCGGCCCGGGGCGCGUACUGCCCGCUGGACGAAUACCACCCGCCGUCGCUCUUGAUGCGCGCCGCCAACUACAUGCUCUCGUGGUACGAGCUGUUGCCGGCGAUCACGCCGUUCCGCCGCCGUGGUCUCGAGUACGCGAUCCAGUUUAUCCACGCCGAAGACGAGCAGACCAAUUACUGCGACAUUGGGCCUGUCAACAAGGUCAUGAACAUGCUGGCUGUGUGGGUCGAUGACCCGACCUCGGACGCGUUUAAGAAGCACCAGCAGCGCAUUGAAGAUUACCUCUGGGUCGCGGAGGACGGUGUCAAGAUGCAAGGCUACAUUGGGUCGCACACGUGGGACACGAGCUUUGCGAUCCAGGGCUACUUUGAGGCCGGCAUCGGUCUCCGCGACGUCAACAAGAAGAUGGUGGCCCGCGCGUAUCACUACCUCGAGCAAGCGCAGAGCCGCCAUGAAGUCGAGAACCGCGCGCACUGGUGGCGCAGCGAGCAAAAGGGCGGCUGGGGCUUCGGGCCGUCGGCCAACGGGUACCCGGUCACGGACUGCACGGGCGAGGCCAUGAAGGCGAUGCUGCUCAUCGAUGCGCACGCGGGCGACGAUCUUCUUGCGACCACAUUGCCGUUUGAGCGCUACUGCGAAGCGGUGGACUUUCUCUUGGCGCUUCAAAACGACGACGGUGGUUUUCCCACGUAUGAAAAGAGUCGCGGGUUCGAGUGGUACGAGUACCUCAAUCCCGCCGUCAUCUUUGGCGGCAUCAUGAUCGACUACUCGUACAUUGAGUGCUCGUCCACGUCGCUCUGCGCGCUGGCCAUGUUCCACGCCAAGUACCCGAGCUACCGCCCCGAGAAGAUUCGUCGCGCCAUCAAGCGGGCCGAGACGUUCAUUCGCCACCAGCAGUUUGCGGACGGCAGCUUCUUUGGCAAGUGGGGCGUCUGCUACCUCUACGGCACGUGGUUUGCGGUCGUCGGGCUGCGCGGCGCGGGCGCGACCGAGGACGACGAGGAUGUCCGGGACGCCGUCAAGUUUGUGUGCUCCAAGCAGCGUGUGGACGGUGGCUGGACCGAGAGCUUCUUCGCCUGCGUGAGCAAGCGGUACCUCGAGACGGAAGAGAGCCAAGUGGUGUCGACGGCAUGGGCGCUUCUCGCGCUCAUGAAGGGCAUUGAGCGCACGAACGGACCGCAAGACGGGUUUGAGAAGGAGUGGGACGCGGUGCGCCGUGGCAUCCGGUUUUUGAUGUCCAAGCAGCUCCCGAGCGGCGACUGGGACCAGGAGCGCAUCUGCGGCGUCUUCAACCGCAGUUGUGGCAUCACCUACACGGCGUUCCGGAACGUGUUUCCGUUCUGGGCGCUGGGUCUCUACCACAAGCUCCAACCUGGCCAGUCGCUCUAAUGACGAGCUGCAAGGAUUAAUACCAUCUCGUUUGUUGCCUCGUGGAAUGUAUUGGAUUGCAUCUGCGAGCGUAUCUUGCCACCGAC